AUGGACGAUAUCAGCCGAAGAAACGCGUACCGCUUCGUCGCCUACUCGGCCGUCACCUUCUCGGUGGUCGCCGUGCUUUCGGUAAGCCUCCCGUCCAUGCCACCCAUCCCAUCAAGCACGUUUUCUAGCUGUGCAUCACUCUUCCAAUGGUCUACAACUACGUGCAUGGCAUCAAGAGCCAGAUCAAUCACCAGAUCUCGUUCUGCCAGCACUCUGCCCGCGACAUCUUCUCCGAGGUCAACCACAUCCGUGCCAACCCGAACAACGGAACUCUGCGCGAGAAGAGACAAGCGGAUCAGUGCGCCGGAUGUUGUCUUCCGGGAGCCGCCGGACCAGCGGGAACUCCAGGAAAACCGGGACGUCCAGGACGUCCAGGAGCCGCCGGACUGCCAGGAAACCCGGGAAGACCACCAGCACAGCCGUGCGAGCCAAUCACCCCACCGCCGUGCCGCCCGUGCCCACAGGGACCACCAGGAGCCCCAGGAGCCCCAGGACCACAGGGAGAUGCCGGAGCUCCAGGAGCCCCAGGAUUCGGAAGCGGAGUCGGAGCCCCAGGACCCGCCGGACCAAAGGGACCAUCCGGAGCCCCAGGACAGCCAGGAAGAGCCGGAGCCCCAGGACAACCAGGAGCCGACGCCCAAUCCCAGUCUACCCCAGGACAGCCAGGAGCCCCAGGACCACAAGGACCACCAGGACCAUCCGGAGCCCCAGGAGCGCCAGGAGCACCAGGAUUCCCAGGAGCCCCAGGACCAAAGGGACCGUCCGGAGCGCCAGGAUUCCCGGGAGCCGAUGGAAACCCUGGAGCCCCAGGACAGCCGGGACAAUCUGGAGGAUCCGGAGAGCGCGGAAUCUGCCCCAAAUACUGCGCCAUCGACGGAGGAGUCUUCUUCGACGACGGAACUUUCCGCAGACGCUAA